AGGAAACAAAAAUAAUCGAAACUUCUGUCAACAUCUAACGUCAUUUGCAUGUACAAAUGUAGCUGAUUAUAGCCUGAUACAAUCAUAAAUGAUAGAUUAUGGGUGAUAAUAGGAAUACAAGAAUGCCAAUGAAUCAUCCUACAGGUAACUUUGGAAUGCAACAGUUUCCACAACAAUAUGUUCAGCAAGGAAUGGUUAGAUAUCCCAUGAUGCAGAAUACAGGUCACAUGAUGCAGUCACAUGGCCAGAUGCAGUCACAUGGUCAGAUGCAACAUGUUCAAAGACCUCCAAACAUGAUGUUUCCUGGACAGAUGGGGAUGAGAGGACCGGGUAUGGCCCCACCACCUUACAGACCAACAGCUAUAGGGCAGCAAUACAGGGCAAAUAAUCCUCCAGCAAGACAACCCAUGUCACCAGAAAGUAUGAAGAAAAUGGAGAAGGAAAAGUUUUAUUUAGAACAAAAACAGAAGUUGAAGCAGUUCCAUACACAGUCUGUUGAUGCUAACAAAUUGAUAGAAAAUAUGUUUGGUAAAACAGAGAAACAUAAAGUCAAACAGAAUAUUCCAGCACCUGAAGAAGAGUUUAAUGACAGCUUUGGUGAUUUUAUUGGUGGACCAUCAGCAAGUUUGCCCACUCAACCAGAACCUGUUCAGCAACCAAAAGAAGAAGUUGUAAAUACUGAUGACCUGCCCACAAAGGAAACAAAUGGUAACCAGUCACCAAGGGGUGUUCUGCAACAAAAAGUUGAAAAGAAAGUUGAUAUAAAUACGAUGAUGAUGGAAUGUUCUGAUCUGACGGCUCCUGUUAAGGCUAAAACUUUCCAUAAACCAACUCUGAAGGAGGUAAAUCCUUCUCAUCAUGGUCAUACAGCAAAACAACAUGAAAGUAAGCAGGCUAAGCAGUGGAAACAGAUGAAUUUGGAUGAUUUAGGAGAUAUGUUUGUUGUAGAAGGGCCAGCAAUGAGACCAGAAGAGACAACACCGGAUAAGAAAGAUUUAGGUCUGCCUCACUGGUGUAAAGAUGAGACAAAGAUACCUGAACUAUAUAAACAUGUACUGGAGGCUAGUGUUGUAGAAGAUUUAAUACAGACAGAUCGUUUGUAUCCUAUACUUAUCCUGAGUGGUUUACCAAAGGAGGUUCUUGGUCAGAUUUGGUCGAUGUGUAACAAAAUGACUCCUGGUCAGCUGAUCAAAGAAGAGUUAUAUCUUAUCCUAGGGUUUAUUUUUCUAGCACAGAACCAGCAACCACUUAGUAUUGAGUUACUACACAGGAUACCCCAUGCUCCCACUCCAUUCUUAGCCCCACCUCAGCAUUCUAGUCAACCCAACCAAUUCAGUCCUGCUCCUACUCCACCAAUUAAUCAACCAACCACCAGUCAGACUUCUAGUGCUCAACCAUGCCAGCCAACAGGGAUGCCAUCAGGUAUAAAUACAGUUAUCAGUCAGAUACCACCAUCAUCAACAACAAAUUCAUUUGGGCAGACGACAGUUGGCAUGACAACUAGUGGUAGUCAGGGGCCGAUAACUCCUAUUCCUAGUCUGCCAGGACCUAUAGCUGGUCCCAGCACAGAUAGUUGGCAUUCACAUAAUAUAGGGGCUCCAGUAAACCAGGGAGCUACUGGUAAUCAGACAACGGUUACUAUGACAACAAGUGGCAGUAAUCUCAGCAUGGGUGAGGACGAUGACUUUGCUGAUUUCCAGGAGGCUCCAAAAAUAACAAAAGAAGUUACUAAAGUAAAAAUUACCAAACCAGCUGGAGCCAAAGAAGAUAAAGUGAAACCUGUGUCUGCCAAAGAAGACAAGAAGGAUUACCUUUAUUCUGUACCACUGCCAGAUGAUGAGCUACCUGAGCACCAGCUCUCUACAGAACAACAUUACUCUAAUGUCAGCAACUUCUUUGGUAGUGACGAUUCCUCAGAAUGUGUUACUGACAAAUGCUCCGAUACAGUUUCAGCAGUUCCCAAGAAAGUCCUAAGCAAUACUAAAGGGGCCUCAACACCAAACAGUAUGGAUGAUGAUUUUGACGAUUUUAAAUCUGCAGGUAGACCUAGUGACAGUAGUCAGUUUACAUCAUCAGAACAGUCAGAGAAUGAAGACUUCAAAGUUUUAGAGUCUUACCUGGACGACUUUAGUAAUAAAAAGAAGGAUAUUGAAAAACAGGAGAGUCCAUUGCAUAGGCCGAUAUCAAAAACUACAAAUUUACCACCAACAGCAUAUAACAACAAUGUCAACCCAAUACCAGCAAUCAAAAGUCUUUGGCCAAAGCCAGACGACAAGAAAAAAGCAACAGCUACUCCAAAGGCUGUUACAUUAACUAAAACUACUACAUUUUCACCACAGUCAUCAGAUUCUGAGUUUGCUGACUUUCAACAGGCUCCCCAGGUUGUUACCAAGGACGAUAAUUUGUCUGCAUCAAAAAGUGCAACUGACCUCAUUGGAGAUGAGGACAAGUAUGCAGCAUUUAGGACUUUGGAAACAAUAGAUACAUCAGGUCCAUCUAUUUUUGGUAAAGGGCAGGAUGAUGAAGGCAAUGAGGCUGAGGAUGAAGGUGAAUGGGCGGAUUUUCAAAGUACAGAAACAAUUGUUGCAGGUGAUCAGAGUUUGUCAGAUAAUUUGUUCGAUUCUGCAGCAAAUUCAGACUCAAAUAAUGAUUGGUCAGGUUUCAGUGGUGCAGCAGGUGCACAAAAGGAAUCAGAUAUGAUUAAUAAUCUAGCAGUAAAUACAACAGCAAAUGACGAUUGGUCAAAUUUCUCCACAGCAAAUCAGAAACGUGAAAGUGAUGAUUGGGCAGACUUUCAAGGGCCUUCUCAAAAUAUUGUUGACAGUACAUUAACAGUGACCUCAUCCAUCGAUGAAACACCCGCACCAAUAAUUUCUGUAAGUCAAUCAGACUUGGUCACUGUGAAAAAGAAGAAUUUACAACAUAAUGAAAUAUUGGGACUUUUUAAACCAAGAGAUGACCCAUCUGUUUUGACUUCAUAUAAACUACCAGACUUGUCUCAAGAUGAUAACGAAGGAACAGCUAAACAGGACAAAAAAGGGUAUCUUGAAACAUCCAUAGACCAGCCAGCACCUUUUCAGCAAAACUUUCCCACGUCUAAGGUAGACAUUAACCCACCACAAAACAUUCCAAAACUAUCCGUUGAUGAUGAUGAUGACUUUUUCAGAGUUCCACCACCCAUGGAUGAGGGUGUAGAUGAUGAAGAUGAAUACGGUGAUUUUAGUCGAGGAUAUGACAUUGAUGAUGUUACACAUACACCUCCCCAAAAUACGCAAGAAAAGAAGAAAAUUUACUCCAUGUACGGCAUGGAAUUCACAACACAGUCUAAAUCCACAAAGGAGAAAACUCACAAGAAAACAGACUCUGAUUCGUCAAAUCAAUUUAACUUCGCUGCUGACAGCGUACAGUUUGACACUAAAAUAAACAAAGGACUUAAACCAGAGGAUACAAACUCAGUAUCAAGUUUAGAACUGCCAUUUUCUAAAAAUGUUCUGAAUGUGAAGGAUAGUGACUCAGUGUCUAUUUCUAGCAACGAAUUUGCUGCAGAUUUCCCACAGAUAAAGACUUUACCAGACUCCAAAUCUGUUGACAGUUUAGAUUUGAAGAUUUCAGAACCAAAGUCUGGGGAAAGUAAAUCUGCAGACAGUUCUGACAUGGAGGAGAAAUCUGAAAAUGAUGAACAGAAAGAAGAAACAGAUGCAGACAAAGUUACAGAAGAAAUAACAAGCAAACCAGAUGCAACUAGUUUUGGAGGACCUACCACUAAGCCUGUUCUAUUGUUUGGUGACCGAUACAGUGGUAUCAUGGAUGAUAUUACAGGUUCUGACAAGUAUGCAUAUGAAUGGCAGAGGUGUUUAGAGAAUUGUUACAGAAAUAUUAAAGAAGCUAAUAACAUUUUUAACUCUAUCAGUAGUUCUGGUGUCUGUAAUGAGGUUAUAAGGUCAGAGCAAGGGACAGAAUAUGUACAGGGUAUAGUGGAAAUUUAUAGAAUUGUUUGUAGAAUAACAGUGUCUAUGAAGUCAGCAGCUUUAAGUACAGACAAGCUAGGUCAGGUAUUGAAGGAUGUUGACCUGGUAUGGAACAACCUUGCUGCCUUUUUAGUAGGGGGUAAUAUAAUGCCUGAUGACAAUGCACUAAGUUUUAAGAACUGCCUUCUGAAGUCUGAUGACGUGGCAUCACAGAUGAGAUCUUGUGGAGUAUGCCUGUUGGACGUGGAUGUCAGGAGUAAAGAUUUUAACACAGAUGAAGAAGCUUCCAAGUUGACAUAUGGGGGGAGACAGUAUCAUGCUACAUGUGCUAACUUCUGGGUGAACUGUGUUGAUUCAAUGUUACCUGCCCUGAAAUUACCUGAAUUGUUAUGAUGUAGAACUGAAUAUGUUUUUUGUUAAAAAAUUUGAAUAUGCUCGUAUCCUGCCAUUAAUGUCAUAUUAGAUUUAAGGUUAUUCCAUUGAAAUAGAUGUGACAGGGUAGGAAGAGAAAUUCUAUUUUUGAAUAAGGGUCGUAAAUCAUUCAAGGUUGUGUGUCCAUUUUAUGUAUGCAAUUUACCCAAAGAAAAUAUUUUGGUUGUAAGGGGAUUUUGGAAGUCCCUUCCUACCCUUCCACACCCAUUUAACAAUUAGGUCCUUAAAAACAUUAGGCUUAAAGACAUUAAGAAGGAUAACUGACUUUUUGAAAUAUUUUUUUUUUGCAUUUUAUAGCUUUAAACAAUUAUAUGUUAAAAUGUUUUGUAAAAGUUGAAAAGUGUUUUUUUUUUUGUCAUUAGUAAAUUGAUUUUUUUAUUGUUAGAUAAGAAAAAUCUUUUAUAAAAUGAGGCGCAGAAAAAAAAUUAUAUCUUUCUUUAAAAUUUUAGAUUGGAAUUCACAAAACAAUAUUUCUUUAAAAAAUUGUAAAUCAUGAAAGUAUGAAUAGCGAAAGAAUUGUUUUCCCCCCAAAAAAUUGAAAAAAAACCUUAUAUAAUCAUGAUCAGUGAGUUGUACACUAGGGUUUUAUCCUGUAUGACAUUACGGAUUUAUUUGUUUCUAACAAACAAUUAAUUUUCAAUUUGUAGUGAAGCAAUUUUGUUAUAAAGAAUAAGAAUCUAUAAUUUAUGUGCUUACUAACUUGGUUAAUUUUUUUUAUUAGGUCAAUAUUUCAGAAUCUUUGGUAAUAUCAAUGAUAUAUGAGUCCUCUUGUUAUGCAUGUUGAGAACAAUAAAUUUAAUUUAUUAAAAUUUGUGUCAGUGUAACCUACAUUUUAUUCAUGAGUGACUUUUGUUAAGUUAUGCUUUUUGUUUCAUCUUUCGUCUCUAACUAUAUGUUAAUCCUAGACAUUUUGUUACUGCAAUUCCUCAUUUAUAGUAUACAACUGAUUAUCAACAUUAAGGUCACUGUGACUUACAUUUUUGAUUGUUUGGAGCAUCUGUGUAUUACAUCUAGAUUGUGUAUUGUGUGAUUAUUAGAAAAGAUCUGUUAAUUUUUUUUUUUUUAAAGUUGAUGACUAUAAUUAACUGUGUUAUUUGCAUUAAUUAAUAGUCAUUUCAAUGAUGUGAUACUUUAAAUAUUUCCUUCUGUUUCUUAAACACAUUUUGAUUCAGAUUUUGGGUACAAAAGAAGAGCCUUUAAACACAGCUGAUAUAAUAUGUAUAGGUCAAAGUUGGGAAUAUAUCUAAAAGAAGGGAUAAUGAACACAAAAAGUAACAAAAUUUAAAAGUGGAAAAAAAUCAAUUAUGGCGAUAUUUUUUUUUUUACGUCUAUGGAAUCUUUCUCACAAAUGUAACAUUAUCAUGCUAUUAUGCACCUCCAUAUUGUUUUUUAUCAGCAUAAGUUAUGGGUUUCCCUUACCAAAGCAUGGAUUUGAAAGGGGCAGGUGGGUAUCAUUUUGUGAGCUUUGCUCAUAGAUCAUCCAGUUUAGUUUUCAUUGGCUUAGAUCAACUUAAUGACAAUUUAGGUUCAAAGUAUAUUUAUUUGAUAUCAUUUGAUCCUAUGGAUUAAAAGCAAAAUCCAUCCUUGAUCUAAAUGUAAGUGGCCAAAAAGAGAUUUGAUUAAUGCAUUAAUCAACUACUUCAGUUCUCUGGAAAAACAUGUUGAAGACAAUGAAUUAUUCAAGGAUAAAAAAGAGAUUUACGAGGAAGAAUCAUAAAAACUGAACUACUAUUACUAAAGAAAUAUCUUAGAAACAAGAGUUAUUGUCAUCUUUCAUCAACCAACAUCUAUGCUACUUUGAAGAUGAUUGUUUUGGACAUGCCACUUUUUUUUAUAUAAAUAUGGAGCAUACUGUAUAAAUGACAUUUGUCUAUAUAUGUUUUACAGAUUCAUAUAGAUCUGAGUCUAAGUUAUGAACAUUUCAAUAUAAGUUGCAGUCAACUUUCAUGGUAAGAUUUUAUUGUGAAAAGAGCCCCUGGUAUUUAGCAGCCUGAUACUUGUUCCUUUACUUGUUUUAAUUACUCUAAUUUCUGUAUUCACCAUAAUUAUUUCUUAAAUUACAACAAUUUUAUAUAGAAUUUUCUGAAGAAGUCAUGCUUAGAAUGUAUGUGAAAAAUUGUCACAAAAGAUGGUUGCUUAACUCAAUGUUAUUGAUAAAUACAGGAAAAGGAAAGAAUUGGACAAAUUAAAAUGUCUGAUCACAGUUUACAGAGCAGAUCUAGUUGUAUAUGAUGUAGGGAUGACUCAAACCCUUUAUUUCAUAGAUUUACAGAGUAGUAACAGAAAUAUUAAUUGUUUAAAUGUGUAUGUUAUUCUCAGAUAUAUUGAGCCAAAUAUGAACAGUGCAAUAUUGUUGUUUUGUAAUGUUUGUUAAAUUACCCAUCAUGUUUUGAAACAUUGAAACACAUAGUAGUUAUUAAAUUAUGAAAAAAAACUAAGCAUACUGCUUUAUUUUUUUUACA